AGGUUUCAAGAUACCCACCUAUGCUUGAGAUCUACAGGCUACAUGUCCUACAAGAAUUAAUCAAUGGUUUUUCAUCUCUUGAAGCUAUAGUAGAAACAUAAAUAUGGUGGUGCCUAAGGAACUACUUACCUUCCUCUGACUACAGUUCAUUUGGACAUACUUUAUAUUGAACAGAGGUAUAUACAUUGAGGAUACCCGUUUUGCAGAGACUCUGUCUUGUAGGAUCAUGGACCAUCCUAGUAGGGAAAAGGAUGAAAGACAACGGACAAGUAAACCCAUGGUACAAAGGAGUACACACUGCUCCCGACCAUCUGGAUCAUCAACAUCCUCUGGGGUUCUUAUGGUGGGACCCAACUUCAGGGUUGGCAAGAAGAUAGGAUGCGGGAACUUUGGAGAACUCAGAUUAGGUAAAAAUCUCUACACCAAUGAAUAUGUAGCAAUCAAACUGGAACCAAUAAAAUCACGUGCACCACAGCUUCAUUUAGAAUACAGGUUUUAUAAACAGCUCGGCAAUGCAGGUGAAGGUCUCCCACAGGUAUAUUACUUUGGACCAUGUGGGAAAUACAAUGCCAUGGUGCUGGAACUUCUUGGCCCUAGCUUGGAGGACUUGUUUGACCUCUGUGACCGAACUUUUACUUUAAAGACGGUGUUAAUGAUAGCCAUCCAGUUGCUUUCUCGAAUGGAAUAUGUACACUCAAAGAAUCUCAUUUACCGAGAUGUCAAGCCAGAGAACUUCCUGAUUGGUCGGCAAGGCAAUAAGAAAGAACACGUUAUACACAUUAUAGACUUUGGACUGGCUAAGGAAUACAUUGACCCUGAAACCAAAAAACAUAUACCUUAUAGGGAACACAAAAGUUUAACUGGAACAGCAAGAUAUAUGUCUAUCAACACGCAUCUUGGCAAAGAGCAAAGCCGGCGGGAUGAUUUGGAAGCCCUAGGCCAUAUGUUCAUGUAUUUCCUUCGAGGCAGCCUACCCUGGCAAGGACUCAAGGCUGAUACAUUAAAAGAAAGAUAUCAAAAGAUUGGUGAUACCAAAAGAAACACUCCUAUCGAAGCUCUCUGUGAGAACUUUCCAGAGGAGAUGGCUACCUACCUUCGAUAUGUAAGGCGAUUAGACUUCUUUGAGAAACCUGAUUAUGAGUAUUUGCGGACCCUCUUCACAGACCUCUUUGAAAGGAAAGGCUACACCUUUGACUACGCCUAUGAUUGGGUUGGGAGGCCAAUUCCUACUCCUGUAGGGUCAGUUCAUGUAGAUUCUGGUGCAUCUGCAAUAACUCGAGAGAGCCACACACACAGAGAUCGGCCAUCACAACAGCAGCCUCUUCGAAAUCAGGUGGUUAGCUCAACCAACGGAGAGCUGAAUGUCGAUGACCCCACGGGAGCCCACUCCAAUGCACCCAUCACAGCUCACACCGAGGUGGAGGUAGUGGAGGAAGCUAAGUGCUGCUGUUUCUUUAAGAGGAAAAGGAAGAAGACUGCUCAGCGCCACAAGUGACCAGUGCCUCCCUGGAGUCCUCAGGCCUUGGGGACUCUUGACUUGAUUGCACCUGCAGCUCCUGCCAUUUCUCAUUGGAAGGGACUCCUCUGUUGGGGAAGGUGGAGAUCCAAACCAAAAAGAAGAAAGCAGAUACCCCAGAAGGAGCCAACGUGGGCACCCAGGAGCCACUGGAUUGGUGGCUGUCCUCUGCCUGCCUGAGGCUCUGAGCAGGUCCCAGAGCAGCUGCUCCUCCACUGCUUGCUCGUGGGGCUACCUGGUUGACUCUCCUUCCCAUUGUUUACAGUGAAGGUGUCAUUCACAAAACUCAAGGACUACUAGUCUCUUCCCCUUUUCCCUCCCCUCCCCCUCCUUUAUUUGCUCCUGGUCCUUACUGCCCUCAACUCUCUCAGCAUAAAAAAAAAAAAAGCUAGUGAACAGAAAGAAGCUUUAUCUGCUGAAGGAGCUCUGGAGGCUGGGGGUGUGACCAAGAAGGUAGGAGGAAGAUGACUUACGGGGCUGGAGAAGCCUUCUCCACUUCCCAGGGAUGUAUGGCAGCAUAGCUUCCUCUUCCUCUGUGCCUGUGUAGCCUUCAUCCCCAGCUGGUCAUGGGGUACAGGUUCCUUCCGCCUGUGAAGUUACACUGUAGGACACAAGCUGUGAGAACUCUGCAGUCUACUGUCCCUCUGCAUUGGUGUUCU